AUGGCGUGGGGCAAGAAAGUGCAGCCCCAGCCCUCGACGAUUAGUCAAAUCCUACCACUCAUCAUCACCUUCGCCUUUAUUGGUGGUGUGGCUUGGGUGCUCUGGCAAGUUUACAUUUCUGUGGGCAAGAUCCAGGAAUCAGCCUCGGAGAAGAUGGGCAAGAAGAACGUCGUCUUCACUAAGGACGGUGUUCGCGUCGGCGUCAAGCACACUUCCAACGAGCGAUACGUCGACCAGACCCAAAAUUGGGUCGUCAAAGCCUGGAAUCUCAGCGGCAAUACUGUCGGGCAGAUAAAGAAGACCAAGUAA